AUGAUAACGCUGGCUUCUCAUUUCAGCUCUUUAACGUCUGAGUCCUCGUCUCAGUUCGCCUCUGUGAUUUCAAUUAAUAUCAUUGUUACCCUUCUCUGCCUUUGUAUUGUGAUUGGCCAUCUUUUGGAGGAGAAUCGAUGGCUGAACGAUUCAAUCAUAGCUUUAUGGAUUGGGUUUGGCACUGGUGUCGUCAUUUUGUUCCUUACCCGAGGGACAAACUCACAUCUGCUCGUCUUCAAAGAAGAUCUUUUCUUUAUAUAUCUUUUGCCACCCAUAAUUUUCAAUGCAGGGUUUCAAGUUAAAAAGAAGCAAUUUUUCCGCAAUUUUGUGACUAUUAUGAUUUUUGGCGCCAUUGGGACUGUGAUUUCUUCCUCUAUAAUAUCACUAGGUGCAAUUCACUUCUUUAAGAAAUUAGACAUUGGGACCUUUGACUUGGGCGAUUAUCUUGCAAUCGGCGUCAUAUUUGCUGCAACAGACUCUGUAUGCACACUGCAGGUUCUCAAUCAAGAUGAGACACCUUUUCUUUACAGUCUCGUAUUUGGAGAGGGCAUUGUAAACGAUGCGACAUCAGUUGUGCUCUUCAAUGCAAUUCAGAAGUUGGACCUCACCCACCUUAACCCUGAAGCAGCUUUUAAUUUACUUGGAAGCUUCUUGUAUCUGUUUAUCUUGAGCACCUUGCUUGGUGCAGUAACUGGUCUCGUUAGUGCUUAUUAUAUCAAGAAGUUUUAUUUUGGAAGGCACUCGACUGAUCGAGAGGUUGCCCUCAUGAUGCUUAUGGCAUAUCAAUCAUACAUGUUUGCUGAGCUAUUCGCCUUGAGUGGUAUUCUCACAGUAUUUUUCUGCGGGAUUGUGAUGUCCCAUUACACCUUGGCACAACGUAACCGAGAGCUCAAGAACAACUACAAGGCAUUCCUUUGCUACUCUGUCGUUUCUUGCUGA